CAACUGAAAAACGACUAAACAACAACAAAACAUGCAUAAAAUAUUACAAAGUGUGUAACAAAUACAAAAGUGAAACACAUGAAGCUCAUAUCCUAACACAGGGAGACAUACACAAUACACAAAGGACAAUGACAGCCAAGGAAGGGAGUUUGGUCUAGGAGUUAGAGACCCAACCUCUGGAUGCUAUGUCCCAACAAAGAAACCAGCUCAAAAGAUGUCAGAAGUCACUCUCCUAGCUUAUAGAUCAUACACUGGAUGUCCCCUUUGACACAGCCCCCAGGCACUGGAAAUUUGAUAAAACUGGGUACCUCCUUCAGCAAUGGAUCAGAGCAUGUGUCCCUCUAUGGGGUCAAAGCACACUUGUCCAGUUCUAUUAGAAGUGCCCUGGUCCAUCAGAUCAGGUGAAUCCUGUAAUACCAUCCUUGACUCCCUUGGGGUAUUCCUAGCAGUGGAAUCAAAACUGGAUGGUGUGAAAUUACAGUGAUUAAGCCUGACCCCAAAGAAGAGCUAUGAGAUUGCAAUGUCCCUUCUCUUCUUCGCAGAGGUCUGAGAACUAUGGCUGUGGAACACUGCAUGUAUCAGACUCGGUUGAUGUGCUGAGUUUUGCUGAACUUUUUAAACCUCUGUUUUACUCGGUUACAAUGGGUGGCUUUCUGGGAUAGAGUGAAGGAAUAUGUGUUCGAAAACGAAAAUGAUGUAAAAACAAAUGAUAUCAACACAAAUCUAAAGAAAUUAAAAACCCGUACAUGCCUCUUCUGGAAUUCUGCCCCAAAACAUUUAAAGGCGCAGGGCCUGCAUGCAACAGGCACCUGGACGCGAUAGAAAGAGACUAAAAUGAAGGUCAGAGGUGGACGCCCCGCCUGCCACCUUUCCGUCCCCUAGUCCGGGCAGGGCACGUCUUCCUGCUCCGCAUCAGUAAGACUCAGAUAAGACUUUUGCUGCCUGGUUCCGGGUUAAAUAUCGGGAACAAGGGAGUGGAACGAGCCGGCAUUAUCCUAGCAGGGGCUCAAAAACGUUUGCUGACUAUGAAGGAGCACACCUCGUCACGUUACCCUCCUAAAGCAGCGCGGUUCUUCCGUCCCUUGAUAUCUCCGCCCCCGGCUCCCCCAAGGCUGCCGUAAACCACCUCACUGUGUCGUCGCAAAGCGCUCGCCACCCCGCCCCCGCAGCGGCGGAAAGGUGGCCACACUUGGCGGCGGGUUGGGGAGCUCGGCUGCAAGAUGGCGGCGCUGGCAGAGGAGCAGACGGAGGUGGUGAUCAAGCCUGACCCGGAGGGACCGCCGGCGCUCCCUGCCACGCAGCCGGGCGACUGUCCGGGAGAGGGCAGCGGGGGCAGCCACAACAGCAGCCAUAACGGAGGCGGCGGCGGCGGUGUCGCGGCGUCCUCAGCCGGCGGCGAUGGCGGGACCCCGAAGCCCGCCGUGGUUCCUCCGGCAGCUGCGGCGGCGGCGGCGACAGCAGCCCCGGGGGGCGCGGCCGGGGCUGCGGCAGCCGCUGUCGAGGGCAUCGCCUCUCAGGACCGGCAGACCCUGCUGGCCGUGCUGCAGUUCUUGCGGCGGAGCAACCUACGCGAGUCCGAGGAGAUCCUGCGGCGCGAGGCCCGGCUGCUGGAGGAGGCGGCGGGAGCCGGCGCCCCAGGAGAGGUGGACGGGCCCGGGGCCGAGGCCACCAGCGCGCUGCUGAGCCGGGUCGCCGCCGCCGCCGGGCCCACCGGCCCGGGCCCCGGCUCGGGCUCCGGCCCCGGCCCCGGCGCCUGCCCUGCGUCCGCGGGCCCCGCCGCCUCGGGAGCCGGCACGGGGAGCUCAGGGGCCGCCCCGACCGCGGCCGCUCCGGCCAAAGUUGGAGUAGUUGCUGUAGAAGACCAGCCUGAUGUCAGUGCAGUGUUGUCUGCCUACAAUCAGCAAGGGGAUCCAGCAAUGUAUGAAGAGUAUUACAGUGGACUAAAACAUUUCAUUGAAUGCUCCUUGGACUGUCAUCGAGCAGAAUUAUCUCAGUUAUUUUAUCCUCUCUUUGUACAUAUGUACUUGGAAUUGGUCUACAAUCAGCAUGAAAAUGAAGCAAAAUCAUUCUUUGAGAAGUUUCAUGGCGAUCAGGAAUGUUAUUAUCAGGAUGAUCUUCGAGUGUUAUCUAGCCUUACCAAAAAGGAGCACAUGAAAGGGAAUGAGACCAUGUUGGAUUUUCGAACAAGUAAAUUUGUUUUGCGCAUUUCCCGGGACUCUUAUCAACUCUUGAAAAGACACCUUCAGGAGAAACAGAACAACCAAAUAUGGAACAUAGUCCAGGAGCACCUGUACAUUGACAUCUUCGAUGGGAUGCCUCGGAGUAAGCAACAGAUAGAUGCUAUGGUGGGAAGUUUGGCCGGAGAGGCAAAGCGAGAGGCAAAUAAGGCAAAGGUUUUUUUUGGCUUGUUAAAAGAACCCGAAAUUGAAGUUCCUUUGGAUGAUGAAGAUGAAGAAGGGGAGAAUGAGGAAGGAAAGCCCAAAAAAAAGAAACCUAAAAAAGAUAGUAUGGGAUCUAAAAGCAAAAAACAAGAUCCUAAUGCUCCACCUCAAAACAGAAUUCCUCUUCCUGAAUUGAAAGAUUCAGAUAAGUUGGAUAAGAUAAUGAAUAUGAAAGAAACCACGAAACGUGUUCGUCUUGGUCCAGAUUGUUUACCUUCCAUCUGUUUCUAUACAUUCCUUAAUGCCUAUCAGGGUCUCACGGCAGUUGAUGUUACUGAUGAUUCCAGUCUGAUUGCAGGAGGUUUUGCUGACUCCACUGUUAGAGUAUGGUCUGUGACUCCCAAAAAGCUUCGUAGUGUGAAGACAGCAACAGAUCUCAGCCUCAUAGACAAAGAAUCAGAUGAUGUUUUAGAAAGAAUCAUGGAUGAGAAAACAGCAAGUGAAUUGAAGAUUCUAUAUGGUCACAGUGGGCCUGUUUAUGGAGCAAGCUUCAGUCCUGACAGAAACUACUUGCUUUCCUCCUCAGAAGAUGGCACUGUUAGACUAUGGAGUCUUCAAACAUUCACUUGUUUGGUAGGAUACAAAGGACACAACUAUCCGGUGUGGGACACACAAUUUUCUCCAUAUGGAUACUAUUUUGUGUCAGGAGGACAUGACAGAGUAGCUCGGCUAUGGGCUACGGAUCAUUACCAGCCUUUACGAAUAUUUGCUGGCCACCUUGCUGACGUGAACUGUACACGGUUUCAUCCAAACUCUAACUAUGUUGCUACGGGUUCAGCAGACCGAACAGUAAGGCUAUGGGAUGUCUUGAAUGGGAAUUGUGUAAGGAUCUUCACUGGACAUAAGGGACCAAUUCAUUCUCUGGCGUUUUCUCCCAAUGGGAGAUUCCUGGCUACUGGAGCAACAGAUGGCAGGGUACUUCUCUGGGAUAUUGGACAUGGCUUGAUGGUUGGAGAAUUAAAAGGCCAUACAGAUACAGUAUGUUCACUUAAGUUUAGUAGAGAUGGAGAAAUUUUAGCAUCAGGGUCAAUGGAUAACACAGUUCGUUUGUGGGAUGCUAUAAAAGCAUUUGAAGACCUAGAGACUGAUGAUUUUACUACAGCCACUGGACAUAUAAACUUGCCUGAAAAUUCUCAGGAUUUACUGUUGGGAACCUAUAUGACCAAGUCAACACCAGUUGUACAUCUCCAUUUUACUCGAAGAAACUUGGUUUUAGCUGCAGGAGCUUAUAGUCCACAAUAAAUCAUCUGUAUUAAGACUUUUUGAAAGCCACUCUUGGAAAAAAAAAGAUACUAAAAAGUAAAAUACCUCAAAGAUUAACAUUUAAGCCACAAAGAGUGUCUUAUCUAAAAGGAUCUGGAAGGAGGCUUCUUGGAAAUCUUAACUGGACAACAGUUCUACAGCAAUUGCAUAUUUAACUACUUUUUGUGAGUCGGAUACAAAGCAUGGAUGCUGUAGGAAGAAAACGGUGCUUUGGAUUAUGUGGAAACUAUGCAUCUUCUGUUCAAAUUCCAUCUUAAUUUAUUUUCUUAAAAAAAAAAACUAUAAUUAUUGACUUCAAUACGUUUUGCCCACUUGAAGAUUCAAAGCCCUUAGUGUCCAAUGUAACACUAAGUUUAGGUUGAAUGAAGCUCUACCUGGGUAUAUUCCUGAUAUGAAAAAAUGAAAUUUAGCUACUGUCUGGCACUUAAGUACCCAGUACUUAAGUAUUACAGACCAGUUGCCUACUCUAAUAUUUUCCUAACUGUUCUUCACCUUGAACAAUCACAUACACUCUCAGCCCACUGAUAUCAAAUAAGCAGGGGCCUAGUCUUAAUUUAAAUAAACCUCUUGGCCUCAUGAAUAAGUCUCACUGCACUAUUUACGGAAGUCUGCGUAAUCAACUUAAGUGCAACUGAGAAUUUCAUAAGCCAGUGAAGGAAUAAGUCCUGUUAAUAAAGAAAUUCUCUUAUGAAGACAAUAAAGUACUGAUUCACAUGGGAAGUGACUUCCUAUGUUUCCCUAGUCUCCUCCUUGUAAACUAAUAACCUUUUGUGGAAGGAGCUUAGAAUAAAGAUCUUCAGCUAAACUUCGGUCCCAGUUAGCUGAUAUACAAACUAUAAUACACUUGAAGUCAAAUGCAGACAUUUCAGUUGCUUACCUCCAAUACAGAGCCUUGCUUUGGGAAACUAAAAGCAGAGUUAGACAAGUCACUGCCAGUUUUCUGCCUUUGUUGUAUUUUGUACAGUUUUUAUAUUUUUGAUACCUUGUAAAUAAAAACAAGCCAACUUU